ACACCCCUUUUUCACACAACUGCCCUCUAGCGGCGUCAACGUCACCAAAUUCAUCGCUAGGAGUCCCGAGCCAGGGAUAAGAAAUUUGUUUCCAGUUAGUUUAAAGGACCAACAAAAUAUAUGUAAUAUUUAUAUGCUAAAAAUAAAACGAAGUUGUUUUCCGAGUAUAAGGAAACGGAGUCUUUGUUUCUACAGCUAUCACUGCAGAGGACCGACAUUUCUGCGGGGCUGAUAUGGACCUACUUAGGAAAACGGCAUGGCAUCUGCUAAAAAGAGAAAGCUGGCCGAACUGUCUGUGGAAGAGUUCAUGCAGCAAAGUUUUGACACAGGGAGUGAGGACACAGACACACCUGGGACAAGCUCUGAACAGGGAACAAACCAACAUGAAAGUAAAAAGAAGAAAAAGAAGCAGCUUAAGAAAAAUGCUAAGAAAAUAGAAAAAGGCAGCAAAAAAGUGGAUCAGGAUCCAAAUCCAUCAUCUAAGAAAACUUCAGAAGCAAGCAAACAUAAACAGUCGCUGGGAAAACUGAAGGACAGUGAUCCUGAGUUUUAUGAGUUUCUGAAGGGAGAGGACAAGGAACUUCUGGACUUUGACUUGUCUGGAGAUGAAGAUGAUGGUACAAGUGAUGAAGAGCAGGUGCACAAAGUCCCCAGUAAGCUUGAGGUUGCCAGUGAUGAUAGUGAGGGAGAGUUGUCCAUCCCCAGCUCUGAUGAAGAUGAAAGUGAAUCAAAGAAGAAGACAAAGAAGAAAAUUUCAAGUCGUACUUUGGUCACUCUGAAGAUGGUCAAUCACUGGACACAAUCAUUACAGGAGGGGUCUUCACUGUCCAUCCUCCAUGAUGUGGUGGCAGCAUUCAAGGCUGCUGUGCAGCAAGCGGGUGGUGAGGAUGACGCAGAGGUCAAUAAGUACAAAGUAGAGGGUAGCACAGUUUUCAAUGCCAUUGUACGCCUGUGUUUAACUGAACUGCUACCAGCCUGGCGACAUGUUCUAGCACUGCCAGAAACUAAAGAAAACAAGAAGCCACCUCUUCCUUCUACUAGUAAACAGUGGGCCAAGGUGCGACUGGAUGUGAAGUUGUACCUCACAGAAUUGAUCAGGUUACUGAGUGAAGUGGGGGAAUCUACCAUUGUAAAUAUACUGCUGAAACAUGUCCACCAGUUGGUGCCUUUUAUUGCUUGCUUUCCAAAAGUGGCUCGUAUUGUUGUCAAGAAACUGAUUUCACUGUGGAGUUCUACAAGUGAGGAGACUUGCAGGGUGCUGUCGUUUCUGUCUAUUAACAAACUGGUGAGGUUGAUGCAGAAUGCACUGCUGGAACCCACACUCAAGCAAAUGUACAUGGCGUAUGUCCAGAACUGUAAGUUCACGUCACCCUCCACGCUGCCGAUGAUCAACUUCAUGCAACGCUCCCUGGUGGAGAUGUUUGCCAUUGACGUCAGGCUGACCUAUCAGUAUGCCUUCAUCUAUAUCCGCCAGCUGGCUAUUCAUCUGAGAAAUGCCAUCACAGUAAAGAAAAAGGAUACAUGCCAAGCAGUGUAUAACUGGCAGUAUGUUCACUGUCUCUACCUCUGGGCAAGGUUACUGAGUACAGUCUAUCCCAGUGACACCUUGGAACCUCUGAUAUAUCCACUCACCCAGACCAUUAUUGGAACCAUAAAAUUGAUACCUACAGCCAAGUACUAUCCACUGCGUUUCCACUGUAUCAAAACCUUGAACAUGCUGAGCAAGGCGACCAAUACUUUUAUACCAGUGCUGCCAUUUAUACUAGAGGUGUUGGAGCAGACAGACUUUAACAAGAAGCACUCCAAGGCCAGUUUCAGGCCCUUGAACUUUACGUGUAUUCUGAAAGUAUCCAAAGCUCAGCUGCAGGAAAAGGCAUUUAAGGACGGGUUGAUAGACCAGGUGUAUGAGCUGUUGCUGGAGACAUUCUAUAUCCAUGCACAUACUAUUGGUUUUCCUGAGUUGGUUUUACCAGCUGUUAUGCAGUUAAAGGAGUCAUUAAAGAAGUGCAAAGUUGCUAAUUACUGUCGUCAGCUGAAGCAGGUUUUGGAAAAAGUGAAUGAGACAAGCAAAGUGAUUGGUCAGAGGAGGAAAGAGGCAACCUUUGACCUCAAAGACCCUAAAUCUGUGGAUGCUUGGGACAGGAAAAGCAAGGAAGAAGGCACUCCACUUGGGAAAUUCUACGCUCAGUGGCGAAAACUGAGGGACACAGAGCUGCAGCAUGAGAUAGCUGGAAAAGAAAGAAUAUCUACAGACAAGUUGCCAGAGGUGGUUCGACAAAGAGGACCUCAGAAGGCAACAGCAGAUGAAAGAAAGGAGUUUUCUGCAUUGUUUGAUUCCGAGAGUGAGGAGUCCAUGGAUGAUGAGACAAGUGUCUGUCCAGAGCUUCUUCAUCUGGGAAUGAUACUAUCCAGAUUUCAGCCAAAGAGUGAACGUCAAAAGAAGAAAAAGAAAAAAGAGACUAAAGAAGAGUCUGAUUCUGAAGAAGACUAUAGUGAUUUUGACUCUGAUGAGUUGGAGCAGCUGGCUGGUGAUGGCAGUGAGGAGGACCCUGAGGAGGAGGAGGAGGAGGAGUCGGGAGAUAAUGAGGAGGGAGAUGAGGAGAUGGAGUCUGAGAACAGUGAGGAGGAGGAGGAGGAGGAGCAGGAUGCAGCUGAUGUUGUGGAAGACUUUGAACUGUCAGAUGAUUCCAGUGACUGAUGUUUGUUAUAAAACAGCUAAAAGAGAAUGAGAAGACAUUCAUAGCCAAUAGAGAACCAGUUUCUGGGAGAAUCAUGAGCCUGUUAAAAUAUUCUUCCCCUAUAAGUCAAGGUGACAAAGAUAGAAGAGCACACCAUUGCCUGAUAGAUGUACAAUAAAAUUGCAAGUCUGAAAAUGGCUUCAGCAAAUAAUUUUCAGCCAAUUCGAAAAACAUUUCUGCAACAUUCGGCUGUGCAUUAAGUUGAACAUACAAGUAUUGCUGAAAACUGCAUAACACAUUUGUGUUUUAGAAGCUUUUAUAGAUAUUUACUUUAUUUAUUCCAAUAUGUAUACUUCAGACUCCAUUAUUGUACUAAAAGCAUUCUGCUGUAAUGAGGAUAAUAAACCACUACAAAAAUAAAUUAUUUUUUCAUC